AUGUCUGGCCAACACUAUACUGAUUACACUACAAUUCAGACUGACAAGGAGACCUCUUACCUCUGUACCAUCUGCCCACUUGCAAGAGGAGCUAAGGACUGGAGGGUUCAUUGUAAGAGUAAGACUCAUCAAUUGAACUUGGCCCGGAGGCAGGAACUUGAACACAUCUUGUCCACAAAUGAAGGUGGGAUGAUUCAACAUGAUGCAAACCUUGAAGACUCAAAUAACAACCCUAAUCAAGAGUCAGAGGAAGACCAAGCCCAUAUGGAACGAGUUUGGUUACGUCUGGAAGACCUCUUGCACCAUCGGACUGAUUCUCUUCCUGAAAGGAUCAUUCGUACACUAGAUGAGGAGCUUGAUGAACUGGAAGCCCGGGUGCCUGUCAAUCGGACCCCUGAAGAUCAUGGUCAGGUUGCCAAUUGGGAGACCAUCCUUGAAGAUGAACUUGAAUCCAUUGAAUCAGAUGAGGACAAUCAUAUGGGUGUGGAGCCACCUCCCAUCAUCAGAGUUGAUAAGCGGUCUGAUAGGGUCAACACCUGUAAAUGGUACCCUUUCAAGAGCAAGCUUGACCUCAUUGCAUCCCUAAUAAUUGGUCACACUCAUUCAAUGCUCUCCAGGGUUUUAUACACAAAGAUUCGUGCCAUUCUGACACUGUGCGGGUUGGUCCUCCCAGCAUGGGCAACAGUUAGGGCUUCAAGAGCCAGGAUUAGUGGCUUGUUAGGCACCAAAUUAAGGAAUGCCAAUUCUGUUUUUGACACACCAUGUUAUUCUCUUAGUGCUAAAACAAUCUUAUCUCAGGAGUUGGCCAAUCCUCAUGUAUCAAAACACUUGGAAUUCUUUCCUGAAGACACUAAUGGGAUGAACAUGUCCAGAUUUUCUCAAUCCUACAAGUGGCUCAGUGGGAUCCCCCGUGAGAACCGACUGCAGAUGUGUGAGGUUAAUGGGAAACAGUUUUACAUUUAUGAGCCUGUGCAGUUGGUAUCACAUGAGGUGGUUAUCCCAAUCUUUUUAUACAAAUCCAACACUGAAAUCAAAUCUAAAUGUGUCCGCAUCAAGGCUGAACAUAUCAAGAAGGAGAAACAUAUUACAGAAGGAGUAACCACAUCAAUCAUCAAGAUCACUGUUCCUUUCCCCCUGCCCUUCUAUGACCCCCGCUUGUCUACCAUUCCUGUCACAGAAUUUGAUUCAGACUAUUCUACCAUCCGUUGGGUUGAUGGAAAGUUCAUCAUUGAUGCAUGCAAGGAACAAAGGCUGAAGGAGGUCAACAAGAUUCCAUUCCCUAAUCCAUGGAGAGUCAAAGCCAAUGGGAAAAUUAUCCGGCAUUGUCCAAUAGUGUUGUACUCAGAUGACACAUCUGGCAAUGUUUCAAAACAGUUCAACAAACAUAUAUCAUUUUAUUUCACUUUGGCUGGGCUGCCCCCACAUAUAUCCAAUCAAGAAUAUAACUGCCACUUCUUGGCCACUUCCAAUUUGGCAAGUGUUUGUGAAAUGUUAGAAAUGAUUGUUAAGGAAUUGAAUGAAUUGGCCACAGUAGGGUUUGAAGCUUAUGAUCACAGUAUAUCUCAAGUGGUGUUGGUAACGUCAACAGUCUUGUGCUUUGUAGCUGACUCACCCAUGCACGUGGAGAUUACCAACACCCCCAAUCCAGGAGCUUCCCUGAACCCCUGUCGAAUGUGUACCCUAUGUGUCUCGGCCAAGCGUUUCCGCAAGACUCACACAUACGUUCAACAUUUUGUCCAAAGGGACAUGUUUGGGAGAAAGUUCCCAAGAGGUGAAAGGCACUGGGAAACAACCAAGAGCAACACUCACAAACUAUUCAACAUUGCCACCACAGAAAGCAAUGCUCAAUAUAUCAGAAAGGGAAGGAAAUAUGGGUUGAAGGACACUAUCAACAACAAAUUCAUAAUUGAAUCAAAGUCUGAUCCCCGAGUCAAAGAAAGAAUGGAAAAUUUUGCCCAAGACAGUCCUCACCGGUUGUAUAACCCCAUACUUGAACUGAUUGGAUUUGAUGGUGUUAAAGAUACUCCUGUAGAAAUUUUGCAUGUUGUCCUCCUGGGAGUUGUGAAAUAUCUGGCCCGGGAUUUGGUGGCAGGUGUCCCCCAAACCCAACGAUACAAAUUAAUUGCACGACUGGAAUCAUUCAACUGUCAAUCAUUGAACAUUGACUCACUCAAACCAGAUUAUCUCAUACAACACAUCAAAAGUCUUGUUGGAAGGGAUUUCAAGAUAAUCAUUCAGGCAGCCCCUUUUGUCUUCUCAGAGACAAUGACCCCUGAUCAGAAGGAGAUAUGGCGAUUUGGCCCUCCCUCUCUGGUGUCAACGGAAAAGUUUGAAUCAUACAAUGGUGUCUUAAGGAAAGCAUCAAUUCACUCCAACCGGAUGGCCCCAGGGAGGGACUUGGCAACAUCAUUUGAUAAUUAUUCAUCCAUAAGGUUCCUAACUUCUGGGGGCACAAUAUAUGACCCCAAAACCUCCCAGUCCAGAGGAAUAGGAGACGAUGUGACCUCAAUAUUCUCUGGAAACAAAAUAAUUCAGCAGUCCAUGGGGUACAACUUCAAUGCAUCUCAUCCUCUAGAUCCAGAUCAGUAUCCAGCCAAGACAGCCAAACAUCAUAUCCAGGACCCCAAACUCCAAAUCCCCCAACAGCUGGAAAAUCCACCUGAUGGACGGGUGGUGACCCAAGUAGCCCAAAUACAAAUCAACAAGCAUGACCGAUUGGACCCAGGGGUAUUUGUUGUGGUCGGAAAUAACACCAGUGAUGAAUUGGGAGUUGGUGAGGUCCAAUCCCUAUGGCAAGCCAAGGCUGAAGGAAUGUCCCCAAGCUUCUUUUGUAAGGUCAAUGUUUUCAAACUCAAAGGAGUUGAUGCAUUUUAUGAGAUGAGACAAUUGAAGAGGACAAGCCAAAGCACAGUGGUCAAUGCUAGGUUUAUUCAAGGUUGCAUCAAUGUACAACAUAAUUGUUGUAAAGGUAACUGCUCAGCCACUAAAACCAAAGCCAAGAAAAAAGAACGUCAGACCACAGGUGACCUGACCUGGGAAGUCACUCAUAAUGACCAAGACCAUUACAUAAUCAAUGCAUCUUCACUACAUGACCCCACCCUUCAUCAAAUGAUAUCCAAAUUACCAGUACGCACACUCCAAGAUCAAGAAUGGGUUGAUGCCAUCAGCCAAGGAUUGGCUGUGUGGAAUGAUCAAGAUGAAGAUAUCACCUCAGAUGAAGAUGAAGAUGAAGAUGCAGAUGCAGCAGAUGAGGUCAAUUCAUCUGAUGAAGAAGAUGAAGAAGGCGAUGAUGAUGCAGAAGGAGAAACAGAAUGAUCCAGCCCCAGUUCUGAAAUAUUUCAACUUGGGAACCAUAUUUUAUUCUAUGUUCAA